ACAUCUGAGCAACCCUACGCGCAUACCAUUAUUUCUACCGCCACGUCCAACUUCUUGUCACUCCAAUACCUUCAAGAUGGUUGCUAUGUACAAUAUUGCCGGUCGGCAGGUCGGCUCUCACUGGCUGGCCAUGGCCACGCUUGGUGCAGCUUUUGGUAUCCCUUGGGCCAUGACAAGAGGCGGCAGCUCAAAGAAGUCGACGACACCUCCGAUCAACGCUUCAAGCAAGGACGAGGAGAAGUUCAUUCAAGAGUUUUUGCAACAAGUCGAGCAAGAAGACAAGGCAAACAAAGUCUCAGGGAAGGAAGCGCACUAGACUAUUGACGGUUGUUCCAAGAUUGGAAGAUGGCUGGUCCUGCACAUCGCGAUUUGUACAUACGGUAGAAGGAUGGAAAGUCAAAUACAUCAGCAUUUCUUGAGAGCGGAAGGAUGCCUUUGUCAGGCCAAAAUCCACUGAAACCCAGCGCGUUCACGGUCUCAAUUCAAAGACUUCUCCAUUCUCGCUUGGCCGACCCAUCUUGACUCUGGCAAAACCUUGCGUCAGGUCCAUGACAAUCGAGAACAGGGUCUGCAUUGCACUCUUUUCACCCACAGCUCGACAAAUUGAAGCUGGGUAAUUCUUCUCAUCCUUCAGCACUUCACUCAGGGCCUGCAUGUUUGGUCUGUCGAUGCCUCCCAUCAGCUCUUGAAUGCGGAUCAGGCG